AUGUCAGCACACAAGCCUGACCCCCAAAUCACAUUGUUCCACUACCCCUUCUCGCCAUGGUCGCAGAAGGUCACCCUGUACCUCGCACUCCGCAAGAUUCCCUAUGUAUCAUGUGUCCAGCCGGUCACGCUGCCACGCCCGGACUUGAAGAAGGGUCUGGGUGUCAACUAUCGUCGCAUUCCGAUCAUGUCGAUUGGAAGAGACAUCUAUUGCGACACUCUGCUUAUGUUCGAGAAGCUUGAGGCGCUUUAUCCGGUCGGACCAAACGAGACCAAGCGUCAUGGCACCACAGGUAUCGAGCGAGCAUUGGAGAAGCUUCUUGAGAAGUGGACAGAUGUUGUGGUCUUCAAGUACGCGGCCGCUGCCAUCCCAACCAGCCUAGACGCGGUCCGCGACAAGACAUUCAUCAAUGAUCGAACCGAGCUGUGGGGACGGGACUGGGCUGUUGAUCACCAGGAUAGCCUCCGACCCGAAGGUCUGGCUGUGUUGAGGUCCAACGUGCAGUUUCUCGAGACAACCGUGCUCGAGGAUGGUCGCGAAUGGGUUCUUGGCGGGAAAGACAUGACCUUGGCCGACAUUCACGCGGCUUGGAUCUUUGUAUGGCUUGCUGAGAUGGAUGGCGCCCUCCCCGAUAGCCUCUUCGGCCGGAAAGAGUAUUCAAAGGUGUGGGCAUGGUGGGAUCGAUACACCAAGGCCAGGGGAGAGGCACUUGAGGCGAUGGAAAAGGAAGGUCUAAAGACAGAAGAAGAGGGCAAGGUUGCUAUAUCCAGAAUCCUCAAGGGCGAUUUUGGCGAGAAGGAGGGUGAAGUUGACGAACGAGACCCCAUGGGCCUCCAGAAGGGCGAAGAGGUUCGAGGAUAUCCUACGGAUACCGGAUCCAACCACAAGGAUACUGGCAGGCUAGUCGCUCUGACAAGUCAGGAGGCUGUCUUGUCUAGCAAAGGAGAAGGUGGUCAAGAAAUCAGAGUGCAUCAUCCACGCUGGCAAUUCUUGGUCGAGCCGGUCCGCGGAGGCGACGUCAACCCGAUCAAUGGUCAUGGCGAGGAAUCGCGACAUCUGGUCAGCGAAGGUGAAUACGUUGGAAGCAGAGAUUAG